AAACAGAAACCGGAAACGUAAAUAAACAUUACCGGAAGUUGAAUUUUAUUAAAAAUGGUUCCAAAUUUAACUGGUUGAUAGAGAUAUAUUGUGUGUAAUAUUUGCUUCCUUUGCCAAUUCUUAGAAAUUGUUGGCGCAAAGGUUAAAGUUAAGUAAACGAUUCCAAAGAAAAGAUGUUUGCAAAACCAGCUCCGAAAAAGCAAGUACCAGCUGGUACUAAAGCUAAGACGCUCAAUAAACCAAAAACAGUUAGUGUAAAGACUGGUGUCAAAGCUCCACAGGGAAAAAAGACAAAGAGUGAGGUGAAAAAGUCAUUGAAGCCGCCACCAAGACCAGAUGCAGGUUAUAGUCUGUACUCGAGUGACAAUGAAGAUCAGGUGUCGCUAGCAUUAAACGAUAUGGAACUGUGCGAGAAGUUACUUACACAGAUUAAGCACAAUCAGCAAGAAGCAGACAAGCAGCAGAAACCGAAAGGAAAAAAGAAGAAGAAAGACAAAUCUCCAUUACCAAAACCAUUGAAUGAAAAUCCCCAUCGGACUGAUAUAAUACCAGGAUUUAGCAGUAUUUAUGGAACAACAUACCCGUAUGGUACGUCCUUAUUUCUUCGCCAGCUACAGUCCCAAGAUUAUGCCAAUAACCCUAUUUUUAAUACUCGUCUGACUUCAUCCACACCAGACCCAGAAAAGCAUUUAGCUGAUCUUUCAGCGAGCAAGCUACCAAGAGGAACUGAUUUUGUUUCUCAAGAUGUUCCAGAGAAAGACGUAUCUGCGGUGUCAUCGGUACCUCCGAGUUUCAAUCACCUGCAAAACAUGGCCGACAUGGUAGAUAUAUACAAGCGAAUUGAAUUCAACAAAUUUACGGAGCUUCAAGAAGCUGCAGCGAGAGCAGAGUUAGAAAAAUUCAAAGCAUUUCAGGGUGCGAGUGUAAAAGAUACACAAAUUGAAUCAGGGCACAAUGGUGAGGAAUUUGCUGACGAAAAUUCCUAUAACUCAAGGCAAAAUAUAAUAGAAAAUACUGAAAGUGUGUCAGAGAAUGUGGUUGGAAGACCCUCUGACGGCUUUGUUGGCACUGGAAGUCUUGGUUUUAGCUUACCAGCUGCAGACUCUGUUUUCAGACCUGUCGUGCCGGGUUCAAGCUUGUAUCAGGACUCGGACAUGCAUAUUGAAGAACAGCAAGACAGUAGUUUGACAGCAUUUCAGCCAUAUUUAAGUGGUGGUGAUUCUAGAGAAAUGUUGCCCCCUCAAGGUUGGAUUCAAAACAACCCAGCACAAGCUCAAAGUCAUAUUCAGAACAUGGACAAUGGUCAGCCUUCUUCGCAGAACAGUACCUUGAAAGACGGAGGCGAUCAAGAAAUUCUGUUGUCAGGAAGGACAGAUUACUCAGAAGAAAGUAAAGGGACGGAAUAUAAUGUGUUAGUUCGGCAAUCUGAAGCAGACGGUCAUGUAGCUAGAACAAAUACUGAUGGCAAAGUAGUAUUUGAAAAGCAAAAUGGCCUUUUUCAACUUCAUUUAAAAAAGAGUUCAGAUCAAAGUUCAAGUGGGAAUGACAGUAAAUCAGACAAAAGUGGGUCAACAACAAAAGGUCAGGGUUCACUUGAUGAGGUCCCCGAGAGAGACAUGCCUGCACAAAAUUCUAAACCAUCUGACAAUAAUUCUCAGUCCACAAAAGACGGUACUUUUAGAGUAGGAUUAAAGAAUGAUUCUCAAAAUCUCUCUGAGGUGGUGGCCACCUCUACACCAAGAAACACUAAUAACAGUGGUAAUAGUAGUAGUACAAGUAGCUAUGGAGGCAAAAUUGUUUUUAUUCCAGAUAAUUCAAAUACACAAAAUGUGAUUGGCUAUGUUCCAGGCCUUCCCGUGAUUCCUGGCACAAAUCAACCAAUGAGCAUGCCUGUUACAAAUGACAUUGGGAAUACUGUCCAAUCAGGUAGCAUAUUGUCUUCAGUUGUAGGACAACAGGCACCGCAGUCAGUAUCUCAAAUGACAUCACAAGUUGGAACUAAUGCCUCCUGUUAUCAAAGUGCACGGCAUGCACAGACUAUUGCAGCAGGGGAUAUAGGUGUUAGAAAACUACGUUAUUUGUUGAAAGAGCUCAAAGAAUGUACAAAAGUUUCAAAAGAUGUUGAGGUCACUAGGCUCGUGACGGAAAUUGAUUCAGCAGUGAAUGCUAUACCACAGUUGUCCAUGACCUUUAACCUCCAGACUGAGAUUGACCUUGCUAUACAACCUUUAAGAAGCGAAAAUAGCCAGUUGAGGAGGAAAUUGCGUCUGCUGAAUCAGCAUCUGAAAGAAAAGGAGCUAAGCUCAAGUGAAGAACCCAAAGAUGUCAAUUUUGAAAUUCUUCACCUACAGACAAGUAAUGACACGUUACAGAAGGUGUUGAUGGAGGAAAAGGAGAUAAAAACACGUCUGGCAGCAGAAGUCCAAUAUCUGUAUAACGAGAUACAUAAAAUGAAGGUGGAAAAAUCGAAACUGAUCGCCUCCACGAGUGAGAAGGAAACUGAACAGUUGAAGUUGAGACAGGAGAUGACCUUGGAAACUCAGAGGUUAAAGCAUGACCUUGACCUUAUAAAGAAAGACCAGGAGUCAAUGGGAAACAAGAUGGAGGCCAUAGAGAAGGAGAAUCAUAUAUUGCAGAUUACAUUACAGCAGAGAGAUGAGGAAAUAGCUCGACAAGCAGAAAUUGUAGAAACAAUGAAGGAGAGUAUAUCCGAUCUUCUAGGUGAGCUGGAACAGAGUAGAGUAGGUGAGAAAACCUGGGAUCAUAACAACAGCUAUGGUUUACAUAGACUGAUGAAGAUUGUAGAAGAGGAAGGAGCUGGGUUUCCUAAAGGCCAUACCGAGAGGAAGCAAGUUAGGACACCUGACAGGAAGGCUAGAACCCCAGAGAGGAGAGCUUUUGACUUUAACAUUAGUGAUUCCACAACAUCCACAACACGACUUACCCGGGCAGCACUUGCUUAUCAUGACCGCCGUCAUCAUCCUGUCGUCGGAAGACUUGGACCCGACGGCCGCCAAGGGCCAGCUUCGGAAUCGGAAUUAGAUACUCUCGUUGAGAUGUAUUCAAGGAAUAAACCGACAGCUCUCGGUCAAGGAAAGAUUGAUCGUCCAUGUCGAAGACGUACGUCAAGCUCCUCGCCAGUUCGUCUGAGAAACGAUCCAGCUGGAGGAAAUUUGAGACAUCAGCGGACUGCUACCUCGCCAAACUAUGGCAAAAAUUUUGUCAGAGAUGCUGGUGGGAAGAUUGGCAAAGGUACGGAUAAAGUUGGCUAUUACAGUCGACCAAGAGAAAAUACAAUAGGUCAGGAUAGUGAUGAUGAACAAGAAUUGUCUCCCUCUAGAAGACCAGGAAUCAAUAAAAGGCAGUCUCCAUAUAGAAGAGUAUCCAAAGGUGCAGAAAAUGUUUCUCCUGAAAGAAGAGCUCGAUCUAAAGGAAGAGGUGCCAUGGCAACGGAAGGGUCAGAGAUUAGUGUUGAACAGUCUAGAUAUAGUGUCACUGAUUACUUUAAGAAAUAUCAUCCUCAAGACAAUUCUGCAGUAAGACCGAAAGAACCUUUAAGUGAUGAAAGAAAUCUGCCGCCAUCUGGACGAGCUUCACGUUUCUAUAAAGACAAUAUUGUACAGGGACAAUCAAGGAGAGACAAUGAUACCCAAGGCAGGCUUGCCUCGCAGUUUAGAACAUCGAGUGAAAUCGACGAUAGAACGGUAAAAUCUUCCGAUGUGCAACCAAAUCGUAACGCUAGACCAAACAAAUUCUUUAAAGGAAUGCGCGAUGAUCAAACCAUCAGUGCUAUUAAUGAUGAUGAUAAUUUCUCAUCAGUUUCAAUGUCCUCAGUCACUACGGCUAAUACGGUGGAUGAACGAAAGUUCCGGUCAGGUAUCGCCACACUUGAUGCAAAUAUAGCAAGAUUACAGCAAGCUUUACAGAAAACUAAAUCAAUGUUAACGUAGAAAACUAGAAAUAUACUUCUGCAUACUUCAUUGUGUAAAAUUAUACUUCUAUGAUGCAGGGAUGAGAUAUUGUCUUUCCUAUUUCCUGGGGUAUUAUGUAGUUUGUAUUAGUAUAAUGUUAAGUUUUUUACCAUUUUGAAAUUUUAUCUCCUAGUUAGAUACAGGUAUUUAGUUUAAUAAAAAAUCAGUGGUAUGUUUAAAUGAAUGUCUUAUGAAACAUAUGAUAAAAAUAUGAAAUUAGUGGUUAAGGGUUUGUCCAUACACUAAAAUUGAUGAGAUCUUUGGUAAGUAAGUACUGCCUUGUAACAAUUUGUCCAUCAUUCAGUCAAACUUGAUUGAAAACAAAAGGACUUAAUUUGUGGAGAAACAGUGAAAUCUGACAAUACUCAAUUGUUUGUAUUUUGUUGAUGAAAUCUUUUGAAAUUCAAAAAUAAUUUUCAAUAUGUCAUUCUAAAUACAAUAAGCAAUUUCCCUAGAACAGGUGUGUUAUAACUCCUUGAAAAGUCUACAAAUGAACAAUUUCGUGAAUGAGACAAUUGUUUUUUGUUUCCGGAGAUCCAUUUUAUACUGAAAAAACUCAAAUGAUAUGAUACAACUGGUAUUUCGUUUGUAUCAUAUUUUGCAAAUGUACUGAUAUUAUUAUAACUGAAGUAUUAUGUUAUAAUUUUGUAACUUGGUAAAUUUUUUAAGAAACUUAUUCUUAAAUUACAUGAUCGUUUAUAAAGUUUCUUUUGUAAUAUCUUUAUUUUUUUCUGGUAUAUGAUCGUUUCCUCUCUAUUAAGAACAAAAAAAAUAGUUCAUCAAGGAGAUUGAAAGUCUUUUUGUCAUGGUAUAAUGUACUGAAGACCACCGUUGUCGUCAUCGAUUCUUUUCUCUUGUUGUUUUUUGUUAAUUUUGUCAUGAAAAACAUAUAAUGUACCAUAAGUUAUUUAUUUCUGUGAAUAGCGAGACGUUAGAUUAGAUUUCAGACCUAAAAUAAUAUUUAUGACAGAUUGACAAAGAUAUAUUGUUAGUUCUACAGUAUUAAAAUGU